AUGGCUACGGUUCGGCCGGUGGGUCUUCCUCCUGGGCGGGACACGGGAGGGACUUCGUCCGUAUGGCGUUUCUUCCUCGUUCUCUCCCUUGUCCUUCCCCUCUCGCUCGUCUCUCCCGUGGACUCUAAGAAGAUCUUCAGCCCGCGUGAGUUCUGCUGCUUUCUCCCUCCUUUCUCUCGCUCCUCUCUCCCUUCUCGCUCGUCCCUCCCCUCUUUCACCUCUCGCCCCUCUCGCUCCCCUCUCGCUCGUCUCUCCCGUCCAUUCCUAGACGAUCUUCAGCCCGCGGAGAUGGCUCCCAAGGGAGUGUGCGGCUUAACGUCGCCUCCCCACCCAACCCUUCCCUGCCCCUCUUCCCUGCCCCUCUUCCCUGCCCCUCUUCCCUGCCCCUCUUCCCUGUCCCUCUUCCCUGUCCCUCUUCCCUGUCCCUCUUCCCUGUCCCUCUUCCCUGCCCCUCUUCCCUGUCCCUCUUCCCUGCCCCUCUUCCCUGUCCCUCUUCCCUGCCCCUCUUCCCUGUCCCUCUUCCCUUCCCCUCUUCCCUGUCCCUCUUCCCUGUCCCUCUUCCCUGUCCCUCUUCCCUGCCCCUCUUCCCUGUCCCUCUUCCCUGUCCCUCUUCCCUGCCCCUCUUCCCUGUCCCUCUUCCCUGUCCCUCUUCCCUGCCCCUCUUCCCUGUCCCUCUUCCCUGCCCCUCUUCCCUGUCCCUCUUCCCUGUCCCUCUUCCCUGCCCCUCUUCCCUGUCCCUCUUCCCUGCCCCUCUUCCCUGUCCCUCUUCCCUGCCCCUCUUCCCUGUCCCUCUUCCCUUCCCCUCUUCCCUGUCCCUCUUCCCUGCCCCUCUUCCCUGUCCCUCUUCCCUGUCCCUCUUCCCUGUCCCUCUUCCCUGCCCCUCUUCCCUGUCCCUCUUCCCUGCCCCUCUUCCCUGCCCCUCUUCCCUGUCCCUCUUCCCUGCCCCUCUUCCCUGCCCCUCUUCCCUGCCCCUCUUCCCUGCCCCUCUUCCCUGUCCCUCUUCCCUGUCCCUCUUCCCUGUCCCCACCAGCCCCCGCCCAGCCCAUGAUCCUGUGUUCACUGAACGUCAUAGUGUGCGGGGCGAACGGCCAGAUGUACCCGUGCAAAGAAAUGGCGCCCAAGGGAAUGGCUACUUCUACCGACCUCACUAAAUGUCGCCCCCCUGGAGAUGUGAUCGUGACGCCGUCAGAAGCGCAAUGCCCCGUUAAAGCCCCCAAGGUGUGUGCUAGUGACGGGAGGAACUACCCCUGUGCUGACGUGGCACCCAAGGGGCUGCUGACAACGACUGACCUCAGUGCUUGCCAGACACCUGCCACGUGUCCCUGGUCCACGUCAGCAUACAGCAAAUCCAGCCUGGCACUCUUGGCCACUGCAUGCAGCACCCUCAAUCCCUCCUCCUCUUCCUCCUCCACACCACUUCCCAUCACCUCCUCUCUGAUUGGCUGUUGUGCUGCCACGUCAGCGCUCCUCCAAUCCACCGCCAUCGCCACGGCAAAGGUUAAAUCGCCGAGGGUAAAUACCCCUGCGGUUUACGAUGCCCGUGCCGGGCAGUGCAUGAAAGAGUUUGUACCCUUUGUACAAUCGCCCAAAGCGGCAUUCGCAGCAGCUACAGCAGCAGCAGCUGCUGCACUUUCUAAGUUUAAUCCGGUGCUACAGUGCGGGCGGUUGGGGUUUGGGGCGGCACAAUUUGGACUGGAGGGAGGCAAGGGGGCGUGCAGGGGGAUUACUACGGAAGCCCAGCUCACAUCCGCGUUAAAAGCUUCCCCAGUAUGGUGGGUGAGCAGCUACAUGAAAAAGGACUGCAGCAGCACCACGGGCAGCAAUGGCCGCUGCUCAGACUGUGCCAAGCAAGUGUCUACCCUCUUUGAUGCCCUUGUUCGCCCCGGGGACUCAGUGCCUCAGAAGCAGCGCUGCUGGGCUUUAAUGUCCUACUAUGCCGCGUCUUCACUCGGCAACUCCACUGCCCAAAGCAACGGCAUCGCUUUCUGCCUGCAUAAGAACGCUCCUGCCUCCCUCCUGCCUCCUGGGACCAGCAUCAAGACAGCCACUAUCACGGCGCCUACUAUUAAGCCUGCGGCGACUGUUAAGCCUCCUAGUCUGCCUCCUGUCAAGCCUACUAUUAAAGCCGCUUUCGACGCUGCUGAUUUCCAGCCAAUCGGAGACACCCUUCCACGUCAGCAGGUCCUGGAUGCUUCCCCAACCUCCACCUUCCGCGCCGCAGCCGACACGUCACCAAGCGCCAGCUCAGCGCCGUCCACGUCAGUGCGGUCCACGUCAGCAACGGCGAUAAUCCUCGCCAGCGUGGCGCUGGCGGUUCUGCUGGUAGCAGUCGUGGCAGCUACAAUCCUAGCUGUGAGGGGCGCACGGCACCACAUGCACAGGCAGCGACUCGCCUCCUCCAUCUCUGUCUAUCCUAGUGGUUCCGUCUCCGCUGCGGCUUUAAGUGCCGGCACGCCCCUUAAAGCCUCGGUUUCGAGGUCGGAGGCGUGGGGCGGGUCGGAGGAUCGGGAAGCAGCAGCAACCACAGCAACAGCUGGAGGUGCAACAGCAGCGGCAGCACCUGCAGCAGCAGCGGCGGCGGCUGCGGCGGCGCGUAAGCCUGUCCUCCCUCGCCUGGCAAGCGCACUCUCUACCGGCUCGUUUGCUAGCAGCUUUCACUCCCCUGUGCGGCGCCGGGCACCUGUGCUUGCUGCUGCUGCUGCUGCUCCUCCUUCCACCCCUAUCAAGCUGGCGGCACCCAAGGGAGUUGAGAAGUAG